CAACCCACAUCACUUAUGGGUAGAAUACAACUCUACUCACGACGCAUAAGAUUAACGACAUAACCAUAAAUAGGCCAGCGUGACAUGUUGGCAAGUGUGCUUGAUGGAGCAAAAACAGCGUAUCUUGCUGUGAGAGGGUUCGCGACACCGGCGAAGACACGACUGACGUGGACGAUGCCAAAGCACGUGGCGCCAGUAUCCGCCGUAGUGUUCUUCAAAGACAGUCGGCGGGUUGUUACUGGCUCGGACCACAUUGCGCGCAUUUGGGAUGUAGAGAAAGGAGCAUUGGUAGCAGGGCCAUUCGAGGGACACUGGAGCGGUCCAAUCACAUGUCCAGUCGCUGUAUCACCAGAUGACAGACGAGUUGCGAGCGGUUCAUCUGCAGACAUCAUGAUCUGGGACGUCGACGAGCAGAAAGUACUUGGUCCGCUGGUGAAGCAUCAAGACACGGUGAGAUCACUGUGUUUCUCUCCAGAUGGCAAGAGACUCGCGAGCGCGUCAUUGGAUGGAACAGUCGUUAUAUGGGAUGCGGAGACUGGUGCUGUCCUCUCAACCCUCCAAUGUAAUGUGGGUAUGGUGUUGUGUGUCGCCUUCAGCCCAGAUGGGCUAAAAUUAGCGUCCGGAACAUUGCGCAACAUUUUGGUUUGGGACACCAAUAACGCCAAGCUUCUAUUCGACAUAGAGGCUCACGAGGAUUGGGUCAGCAGCAUUGUGUGGUCGCCUGAUGGCCAGCAACUUGUCUCUGCGUCACGCGACAAAACAAUCAAGUUUUGGGACUCGGCGAAUGGGACCCAGAUCGGUCAACCUUGCACUGGUCACACUUGCAACAUUAGGUCACUCGCCAUCUCUUCUGAUGGUUCUUUCAUUGGAACCGCCUCGGACGACCAUACAGUGCAUCUGUGGAACACAAAGUCACAUCUGCAGAUAGGGCAGGCACUCAAACACGCCACAUAUGUUUUCUGCGUCGCAAUUUCUCCUAGUGGAGAACUGCUCGUAAGUGGAGAUUCUGAUGGAAACCUUCAGCUCUGGUCCAUCGAGAGCACACUUUCCACAGCAUUCGAGACGGAUCCUUCAUACUUUGCGCAUCGCAGUAAGGUGAAGUUGGACCAAAGGCUCUAUGCGGAGGCCCUUUCGGACGCGGAAAAGGUCAUCGAGCUCGAUCCUUCGUCUCAUCUCGGAUACGACUUGAAGUAUACAGUGCUUCAUGGAGCACAGCGCUAUGAUGAUGCACUCGAGGCCUUUACAUUCAUGCUUUCCAAGUUAGAUGAUGCACCCAACCCACGAAUACGACAGCUACGCCAGCAAUACAUCAGUCCAUCUGAAGUAGAAGAUGCUAUUCGACGAGCCAUUCACGCCCAACUGGAAAAUGCUCCACUUCGUCUAAUCAAUACCGCCACUGGGCAUAUAUGUAAUCGAAAUGCACAGAUCAACGCUGUCACGGAGAGUAUAGAGUACAAAGAGCUUCUGCAUUCAUUAGUGACGCAUGCGCCCCUCCAAACGGAACGCAUCAAAGAAGCGGUCAUCAAGUACUUCAGUUGGGUGAUGUUAUCCCAUAGGUGGGAAACCAAAGAGCCGCUGCUGCACGACAUUCAGGACAAAGUCAUAUACGACUUGGAUCCGGUCGGAACUGUUGUGAAGUUGCAAAAAUUCUGUCAAGUCGCUUGCGAUGCGGGGCAUCGUUGGGCGUGGAGCGACACUUGCUGCAUCGACCAGAACAACAAUGUUGAGGUCCAGCAAUCAGUCAACUCCAUGUUCGUCUGGUAUCACCACUCAGCGCUCACCAUCGUCUACCUAUCGGAUGUUCCUCCUUGGUCAGAAUCUGGCGCGCUCGCAAACAGCAUUUGGAACACGCGAGGAUGGACCGUUCAGGAAUUCCUCGCUCCUAAAAUUCUCCUCUUCUACCAAGUAGAUUGGACCCCAUAUCUCGAUGACCGCUCGCGCAACCACAAGGAGUCUGUCACUAUCAUGAGGGAGUUGGAGCGUUCAACUGGGAUAAAUGCACGGGCGCUCGCCGCCUUCCACCCGGGAAUGAGACAUGCCCGAGAGAAACUUCGAUGGGCGUCAACGCGUGUUACCACAUUGCAGGAAGAUAUCGCGUAUUCGCUGUUUGGGAUCUUCGGCGUCCACCUUCCUGUAAUCUACGCAGAGAAAAGACAGAACGCGCUCGGACGUCUCUUGCAGGAGAUCAUAGCCCAUUCCGGUGACAUCACGGCCCUGGACUGGGUGGGACAAUCGUCCACCUUCAACAGCUGUCUCCCAGCCGACAUUUUCUCAUACAAGGCUCUGCCAUGGACGGUACAAUCUCUAUCUGAAGACGAGAUACAGAAUUCGGUCUCCACGCUGCGAAACAAUGUUGUGGCUGUGGAGUCGGCUUCGAAACUGUAUACCACUCUUGAGAACUUCGGCAUUCCUCGUUUCGCAAACAGUAGACUGCAAUUGCCUUGCAUCGCAUUUCCUCUCACAGAAGUCAGGCGGAGUACUGGUAGAGACGAGGACAAAUGUUUCACAUAUGAAGUCAAGGCACACGGGCUACAAGACCUGCUGGUCACCACGGAAGAUAAACUAAUUCAAUUCUCGCCUGCAAGGCGUACUCGGCAGACAUUCCUGCUCAUCCGUCCAUGGAAUAGGUAUGAUCUCGAGUUGGUCGACUCCACAAACGAGUCGCGGAGCAUGGACGAUUGGCCUGAUGAACCUGGAGAUGAUGAGCUGGUCACCAGAGGGUUGAGGUUACUCGUUCGCCUUGCUCAUCCUUUUGGUGCACUUUUGCUAGCGCAACAGCGUGGUGGGGAGUACAAGAGAAUUGCUUCGGACAAUAAUAUCAUCGCGCAAGUGAGGGACAUGGCAUCUGUCGAUCACUUGAACAACGUCAGGAUGCUGGAGAUAUUGUAGCUGCGAAGAAUUGGUCAAGAAUG